AUGGUGGGCGGCGGAGGCCAUUCGUCGAUGGACCACCCUGACGCCGAAGACCUCGAGCGCGGCGAGCUGCGCCGUGACGCGCCUGAGUUUGCGGACGACGACGACGGGGACGAGGCAGAAACCCAGUACUUCUCGGACGCGGAGGACCGGUCGUGGGCGUCGCACUCGCGCCAGGACUCCACCGCCUACCAGGACUGCAUCUCGCCGUGCGCCUCCGCCCGCGCGAGCUCCGUCGACGCCGACGCCGAUGGCGAGGCCGCCAGAGAACACUGCAGGAAGUCGUCGUGCGUGUCAGAGGGCUCGCUGGAGGAUGUUGACCUGGAGGCCGGACUGAGCGAGAUCAUCAAGGCCAGUCCUGAGAAGGCCGAACAGAACUGCCGCAUUUGCCACCUUGGCCUGGAGAGCACGGCGGCUGAGUCCGGCGCCGGCAUCACGCUCGGCUGCUCUUGCAAGGGGGACUUAUCCUACGCCCACAAGCAGUGCGCCGACACCUGGUUCAAGAUCAGAGGCAACAGGAUCUGUGAGAUAUGUAGCUCAACUGCAUCCAACGUCGUAGUUUUGGGGGAUCCAGAGUUCAGUGAUCAGUGGAGUGAAACAAACAACGUAGCUGCUGUGCAAAUGCCACCGGCUGAAACUCGGAGGUUCUGGCAAGGGCAUCGGUUUCUCAACUUCCUUCUUGCUUGCAUGGUGUUCGCCUUUGUCAUUUCUUGGCUCUUCCACUUCAAUGUCCCUGGCUAA